AUGUCUGAAAAAAAAUUUUUAUAUGUGAAAGGAGAAACAAAAGACUUUGAUACUAAUCACGAGAACAUCCAAGUAGAGAUUGAAGUGUUAAAUGAAGAUAUUGCGAGUGUUUUUCUUGUAGAUAAAAAUGACGGUUUGGAAAAUGUAGCUUUUAUAAAUGCAAAAAGUUAUUUCAUAACUUGGAUAAAUAACUAUGAGUUAUCUGUACUUAUAAUGCUUCUAGGAUUAAUAGAUGAUGAGCCCAAGUCUAGUCAUACCGAAAAUGGGCCAGAUGAUGAGGCACAAUCAUGCAUUAGAUUAGGUGAAGCUUCACUUUUUCACUUAGUGCAUCAUAAUAACAGAGAAAAAAGAAUAAUGUUUAUGACUCAUAAUUUUUACAUGUAUGAUUUGGUACUGCAAAUUAGUUGA